CUCCCUGCUAUGGAGCAGCUGGUGAAACACCUGUCCAGGUGUCAGCACCUGGGUUGGAUGAACAUGAUUGAGCUGAAGACCGCCCCCAUCCAUUGGCUGUCCUGUGGCCGGAGGACGGAACCUGACAUCUGGAGUAAAAUGUUCUGUAUCCUAUCAGAAUCACGCUUACUAAUGCUGGACGACCUGGAGGUUCAUCCUCUGCUCCUCACAGAGAGGGCGGAGACUUGCACUGUGUGGUUGCUUAGAUACACGCUCCAUGUGACCUCGGCACCUUCUCGCCCCGCCCACAAAGCGAUGGGGGUGCGCAGACAGAGCAUGCCCAGUGCCUCCGCUACCGACACACCCACUGCCAGAGUGACGGGUUUUCUGUCUCGCAGGUUGAAGCAGUCUCUGCGUCGGACUCGAUCUCAGCCCAAACUGUCUCGUCACAGCAGCUUAAAGACCGGGCAGAUCAAUGCAGCUGACACUAGGUGUGUGAUGCGUCGGCUGCAUUGCGGUAGCCAGGAGUCAUUGCUAAGCACUGGCUGCGUAUCGUCUCUCGAGCUCAGGAUGGACCAAUCAGUGAUUAUUAAGCCGGUUCACUCAUCCCUGCUGGGACAGGACUACUGCUUCGAGGUAACAACCUCGACGGGAACAAAGUGUUUCUCGUGUCGCUCGGCAGCAGAAAGAGAUAAAUGGAUGGAGAACCUGCGACGCGCUGUUCACCCCAACAAGGACAACAGCCGGCGGCUGGAGAACGUGCUGACGGUGUGGGUGGUGGAGGCCAAAGACCUGCCCGCCAAGAAACGGUACUUCUGCGAGCUGUGUCUGGACGACAGCCUCUACGCUCGGACGUCCUGUAAGCUGAAAACUGACAACAUCUUCUGGGGCGAGCGCUUCGAUUUCAGCAGCCUCCCACCUGUUGCCUCCAUCACGCUGCACCUGUACAAGGACACCGACCGGAAGAGGAAGAAGGACAAAAGCAGCUACGUCGGGUUAGUCAACAUCCCGGUCGCCACGGUGACUGGCAGACAGCUGGUGGAGAAGUGGUACACACUGAGCACGCCCAGUACAAUCCGAGGUAAGUCGUCUGUGCCAACAGUGAGGGUCAAAGCACGUUACCAGAGUAUCAUCAUCCUGCCGAUGGAGCAGUACAAAGAGUUUGCGGAGUACAUCAGUUCCAACUACCUGCUGCUCUGCUCCACCUUGGAGGCCUCAAUCAGCCUGAGAGCAAAGGAGGAGCUCGCUGCUGCACUCGUGCACAUCCUUCACAGCACGGGCAAGGCUAAGGACUUCCUGGCCGACCUAAUGAUGUCAGAGGUGGACCGUUGCCGUGACAACGACCAGCUGAUCUUUAGAGAGAACACAUUGGCGACCAAAAGCAUUGAGGAAUACCUGAAGCUGAUUGGACAGAAAUACCUACAGGAUGCACUUGGCGAGUUCAUCAAAGCUCUGUACGAGUCUGAUGAGAACUGUGAGGUGGACCCGUCUCGCUGUGCGACCUCUGACCUCGGGGAGCAUCAGGCCAACCUGAGGAUGUGCUGCGAGCUGGCAUUUUGCAAAAUUCUUGACUCAUACAGGGUCUUCCCCCGGGAGCUGAAGGAGGUGUUUGCAUCAUGGCGGCAGGAAUGCGGCAACCGAGGACGGCCAGACAUCAGCGAGCGCCUCAUCAGCGCCUCGCUGUUCUUGCGCUUCCUGUGUCCGGCCGUGAUGUCGCCAUCACUAUUCGACCUGAUGCAGGAAUACCCUGAUGAACGCACAGCGAGAACCCUGACGCUGAUCGCCAAAGUGAUUCAGAACCUCGCCAACUUCAGCAAGUUCGGCACUAAGGAGGAGUACAUGCUGUUCAUGAAUGACUUUGUGGAGCGGCAGUGGAGCAGCAUGCAGCGCUUCCUGCAGGAGAUCUCGAACCCCGAUGGACUGAACCACACCGCCGGCUUCGACGGGUACAUCGACCUCGGCCGUGAGCUGUCUAGCCUGCACACCCUGCUGACUGAGCUCGACCAGUCGUGUCUGUCGAAGCUCGGACCUCUUCCUCGAAUCCUCAGAGAUGUGUCGGCGGCGCUUGCCAAUCCAGGGGGUGUGGCCAGUGUAGGGGGCGUGUCUGUUUCUUCCCCAGAGCCUCAACGUGUAGUGUCUCCGCCCCCUCUCUCCCCAGCCCCCCUGUCUCCGCCCCUUUCUCCACCUCUGGCGACCUGUAAUCCCUCUGUUGGCCUGCAGGGCGGCAUGGGACUUGAUGGAGGCUUGGUGGAUUUCACCAGACUCCCCUCGCCGACUCCUGAGAACAAAGACUUGUUUUUCGUCACUAAAGGGUCGAGUCUACAGCCUGCGUCAGGCAUGCAGGGUUCUCCGGCACCAAGCUCAUCCUACUCAGAGUCCAAUGAGAAUGAGGCACUGUUUGAAAUGACCAAUGGAGGUCGGAGAGAGGGGUCCGAGCUGAACAAUGAGAGCCGCAGCUUGUCUCUGGUGGACCUGCACGACACCUCCCCUGGCGACGGCCUCGACGAUGGUCAGUGGCAGCGCAGGACAGGGCUCCUCCCCCUCUCCUUCCAGAAUCCUGUCUAUCACAUGACCACCACAUCACCACGGCAGCCACAGCAGCAGCAGCAGCAGGCCGACGCCACACCCUCAGACGGCUCGGUGGGGUCGCAGGGAAACGCAGAUGACAGGAACACCAUGGUGACCAAACCGGCGUUUCUUACCCAGAUGUCAGUGGGGCUGACAGGGGGGGAGAGGGGGGAAAGGAUGUCUGCUAUGUCAAGCAGCAGCAGUGGCGAGGAGUACUCGCGGCGAGCGCUGUCCCUCAGCGAGACACUCACAGGUAGCUCCAUCCCACCCCGGCAGAACUCCUCGGGUCCCCAGAGACGAAUUGAUCAGCCUCCUCCUCCAUCCUCAGCUCCACCCGGACCUCCUCGAGGCCGGACGCCUCCCAGCAUGCUCAGCGGCGGCAGUGGUGCAGGAUCCGCCUACCCCCCACGUCCCACCUCUGGCAGCAUGAUGUCAUCGAGCCCUGAUUGGCCAACCAGCAGCCAGUCACGGCUCAGACAGAUGUCGUCAUCGUCCAAAGGAGAUAGCCCUGAGAAGCAGCGGCCGGCUGCCAAGGCUCCGUCUCCCUGCGCGUUAGACCGUACGGCAGCCUGGCUGCUCAACAUGAACUCCACCUCCUCCUAUGGUGAGGCUGAGGAUGAUCGCCAUGACGACAGCCUCGUGGAGAAGUACCAGCAGGAGAUUGCGUUACUGCAGGAGAAGUUGCGCGUUGCUGCACUGCGUCAGGAGGAGUGUGAAGCACGUCUGAUGGUCCAGGAUCAGCAGAAUCAGCGCAUGCUACAGGAGUACCAGGCUCGUUUGGAGGACACAGAGAGUCGGCUAAGGAGACUGCAGGACGACAAAGACCUGCAGAUGAACAGCAUCAUCAGCAGGUUGAUGGCGGUGGAGGAGGAGUUAAAGAAGGAUCACUCUGACAUGCAGGCUGUGGUUGACUCAAAGCAGAAGAUUAUAGAGGCACAGGAGAAGAGGAUUGCGAGUCUUGACGCAGCAAACACUCGUCUGAUGGCGGCUCUAACUCAGCUGAAGGAGCGUUACGCCGUGACAUCACAGAGGAACGGCCUGUCUCCGAGCAACACGUCAUCGCUGCAGAUCACCGAGAACGGAGAGUUCCGCAACUCUGGCAACUGCUGAGCUCUAACUGGCUGUACUGCAAGGAGAGGGAGGGGCUUAGCCUUAUGAGCCCCCUAGAGGCGGGGCUAACCCAUAGACUUUUACAGAUGAACCUCUGACCUUAAUCCACCCCUCAUUUCCUGUUUUUGUUUUGCACGUUUUCUCUUUAACUAGUUCAGAGUAUGACAUCAUAUCCCGUUUACGUUUUGGUACUUCCUGUUACGAAUCAGAAAAACAGUCCCAAAACCAAAAUGGACAUUUUAUGACUUUACACGACAUGAAGCGACCCCACCUGUACGUGGCUCCGGGCUGGAGGAACAUAUUUAUUGUUUUAGGCGCUUUGACUUUCGAUUGUAGACAGAGCCGCCUCACGGAAACCUCCUCAUCCCGGUUAGCCUAGCUUAGCACAAAGACUGGAAGCAGCACCACAACUCCAAGUGAUUGUGUUGGCCCCUCAGGGCUUCCGUACCUUUGAGUAUUUUGGUCACAUGGGCGAGGCGUGGGAGAGUUAGAGAUGCUAGUUUGUUGUUUCAGAGAAUUCUGAUUUUAAUGUAAACACCAGAUUUUAUUGUAAAGCGGUCCAAACUUUAAAUUGUGAUGAAUAGUUUGUGAACACGUGCACACACACGCACGCACGCACACACACACUCGCUCGCUCAGACUGUCUCUGCUGUGCUCACUGUGGCUUCUGUCUCCG